AUGGAGAGGCAGGGCCGUCUUGGGGACUCGGCACUGUAUGACUUUGUCAGUGAUAUAAACCUCAUGGAGAUUCACCCAAAGUCCACUUCGGGUUCAAAACAGCUCAUGGACAGCUUUCUCCCAGCCACUGGCUACCGGGGCCGGUACUACAACCUCUCCUAUGUUAACGGGAGCCACCGGGAAACAGGUACAAGCGAGGGGGAACAAACCGGACACGGACAUCCACUGCAUGAGAUGGCCACAGGGAGCACAUCUGCCUACACCUACUACAGCCCAGGCUCUUUCUCACACACAUCUCACACACACACCUCAGACACACACACCGGGCGGUCGAAGCGGAGGCGUGUGAUCAAUGUGGGCCAGCGUCAGGCGGCGAACGUCCGGGAGAGGAAGAGGAUGUUCAGUCUCAACGAGGCAUUUGACGAGCUGCGGAGAAAAGUGCCAACCUUUGCUUACGAGAAGAGGCUGUCACGCAUCGAGACGCUCCGCCUCGCCAUCGUUUACAUCUCCUUCAUGACGGACCUGUUAGAGAACACUUGA